AUGGGCUCCGACCCUCAAUAUGCCAAAUGGCCCUUGCUGCCGCUGUCGCAGCAUGUAUUCACGCUCAGCAACGGCUACGCCACCAGUAAGGCGCAAGAGGCUGCCGCCAAGGCACUCCAGGAUGCCAUUACUGAGGACAAGAUGGCACCCUUCUACCGCUACCUAGCGCACCCUACGACCGGUGUUUUCAACAGCGUCGGGGAGAGCAGUUCCAGUGCUCCAGGUCGUCCCUUGAGCAGGAGGACCAGCCUGGUGGGUAUGGUGGCCUCGAAGCCAUCAGCCACUACGGUCAACCUUCCGUGGGACGAGGCAUUGUACAACAGGCUGGUGCAGGACAACGAGAAGGAGCUAGCGGAGAUCCAGAAAGAGGAGGAAGAAGCUGUGGAGCAGGCCGGAGACACAGAAGUGACAGCAGCUAAAGGCAAGCGUGCCGAGUUCUGGGCCCGAGUUGGUGACAAGGACAAAGCAAUCGCUGCUUAUGAGAGUGUUUUCGAAGGAACGGGCAUCCUCGGUGCCAAGAUCGAUCUCGUCCUGGCCAUAAUACGGAUGGGCCUCUUCUACGGCGACAAGCCUCUCGUCAAGAGGCACGUCGAGCGUGCCAAGACUCUCGUGGAAAGUGGUGGUGACUGGGACCGUCGAAACCGCCUCAAGGCUUACGAGGGCCUUCACCUUCUCACUGUCCGCUCGUACAACCUCGCCGCCCCGUUGCUCCUCGACUCGCUCUCUACAUUUACCAGUUACGAGCUCUGCACGUACUCGAAUCUGGUGAUCUACUCCGUCCUGGCGGGCUCCGUAUCUCUCAAGCGUGUGGACUUCAAGUCUAAGGUAGUUGAUGCCCCCGAAAUCAAGGCUAUCCUUGGCGACGGAGAGGACAGGUUGCUCGCACUCAGCGGCGCCCUUAGCGCAGGGCCGGGUGCUGACGAUACCUCUGGCAAUGAUGCCCCCAAGACUGCCACGGCCGGCGUUGUGAACCUGACUACCCUUGGCAGUAGCACCGACCAGCCCGAGGCGGAGAUGGCGAUUGACUUCAGCCCUCUUGCGCUCCUUGUUAGCAGCCUGUACACCGGCAACUACAAGACUUUCUUCCAGUCACUCGCAUCGGUUGAGGAGCAAUUCCUGACGCAGGAUCGGUACCUGUCGGAACACAAGAAUUGGUUUGUGCGCGAGAUGCGCCUCCGCGCGUAUCAGCAACUCCUGCAGAGCUAUCGCGUCGUCGGCCUGGACACCAUGGCAGUCGACUUCGGCGUGACCGUAGACUUUUUGGACCGGGAUUUAGCCAAGUUCAUCGCCGGCGGCCGCAUUCCAUGCACAAUCGACCGCGUCUCGGGCAAGGGUGUUAUUGAGACCAACCGACCUGACGACAAGAACAAGCAGUACCAGGACGUCGUCCGCCAGGGUGACCAGCUGAUCACCAAGCUACAAAAGUACGGUCAGGCUGUGCGGUUGAGGGGCAGCGAGAGGGCUUAG